AUGGUGAUGAUUCCGGUUUUGGGCUACGGAACCGAUUGCAUUUUCAAAGGUGAUAUUGCGACUUCAUAUCACCCUGGCUACUUAUCUUUCCUAGGAAGAAAUCUUGCUGCGAUCACAUAUGCGAUUGACAGUUUCCCGGAGCAAAUUGGUCCAUUGUUGCUUGUUAUUCGUGAAGGCCGAGGAUCCAUCGCAUUCGGGUUGAGCUACUCGACCGUGCCAAUCACCGACCAGCUAGGAUACGACGGUGCUAUGAAUAUCUAUGCUAUGACCGGUGGUGUCUUUUUUGGUUUGGGCGUCCCUUCAUGCAUCUUCGGUGAAUGA